AGGAAGCUCUUUCUCGGGCCCUGGGCCUCUGAAAAGCGUUGUCUGCCCAGGGGGCAGCGCUCCUUGGCAUGGGCGUCCUGGGGAGCUGGGGGCGAGGCCUCACCCUGCUCCUGCUCCUGCUCCUGCUGCUGUCCUCUCUCCUCCUCGUCCUGGGCUCCGCCCGCUAUGAGCCCUCCUGGGAGUCGCUGGACGGCCGCCCUCUCCCCUCCUGGUUCGACGGGGCCAAGUUCGGUCUCUUCCUCCACUGGGGCGUCUUCUCCGUGCCCAGCUUCGGCAGCGAGUGGUUCUGGUGGUACUGGCAAAAGGAAAAGAGAAAGGAAUAUGUUGACUUUAUGAAAAAUAACUACCCACCUGGGUUCAGUUAUGAAGAUUUUGGACCAUUAUUUACUGCAGAAUUUUUUGAUGCAAAUCAGUGGGCAGAUGUGUUUAAAGCCUCCGGUGCUAAAUACAUUGUCCUGACCACAAAACAUCAUGAAGGUUUCACUCUGUGGGGAUCAAAAUAUUCAUGGAACUGGAAUGCCGUGGAUGUGGGGCCAAAAAGAGACAUUGUGAACGAACUAGCAGUAGCCAUUAAAAAUGGGACCGAUUUGCGUUUUGGAUUAUAUCACUCGCUUUUUGAAUGGUUCAACCCUCUGUUUCUCGAUGAUGCAUCCAAAUCAUUCCAGACAAGACAAUUCCCAACAUCAAAGACAUUGCCCGAGCUCUAUGAGAUAGUGAACAAAUACCAACCCGAGGUCCUCUGGUCUGAUGGAGACGGCGAUGCCCCUGACACGUACUGGAACAGCACCGGCUUCUUAGCCUGGCUCUAUAAUGACAGCCCAGUUCGAGAUACAGUUGUCACAAAUGAUCGCUGGGGAGCCGGCAGCAUCUGUAAACACGGUGGCUAUUAUACCUGCAGCGACCGGUACAAUCCGGGACACCUUUUGCCGCAUAAGUGGGAGAACUGUAUGACAAUCGACAGGAGAUCCUGGGGCUAUAGGAGGAAUGCAGAGAUCAGUGACUACCUCACAAUUGAAGACUUAGUGAAGCAACUUGUAGAGACGGUUUCAUGUGGAGGAAAUCUUUUAAUGAACAUCGGGCCCACCCAUGAUGGCCGGAUUGCUGCUAUAUAUGAAGAGCGUCUGAGGCAGAUGGGGACUUGGCUGAAGGUCAAUGGGGAAGCCAUUUAUGGUACUCAGCCGUGGCGUGCUCAGAAUGACACUGUCACCCCAGGAGUGUGGUAUACAUCCAAAUCUAAAGAAAAAUUGGUCUACGCGAUUUUCCUUAAUUGGCCAGCCUCUGGGCACUUGGUACUUGGCCAGCCUAAGGCUAUUGGUGGGGCAACAGAGGUGAACCUGAAAGGUUACGAACAGCCACUCAAAUGGAUUUCCCUGGCAGAAAACGGAAUAGUGGUGGCACUGCCUCAACUAACAAUCGAUCAAUUACCGUGCAAAUGGGGAUGGACUUUAGAAUUGGUUAAUGUGAACUAAGGGAUAUAUACAAAGAUCGGUUUUAAAAACACGGGAUCUGCCUGUGACGUUAAACAUAAACAUAUGCUUCAUUGUAAGCGUCUGAGAUGAGAAUUUUUAAUCAUCUCAACUUUAAUUCAGUCCUUGGGCCAUGGGGCCAAAGAGAAGGGAAAUUCAGCUGAGCUGUUUUUUUGGUAGAAGUGGCCUCAGUUCUCCCACUUCUGCCACAGGAGAUGGGGCCUCAUUUUGCUUUGUAAGUUAGUACAGUGCUUUGUACACAGUAAGUGCACAGUAAGUAUAAUUGAUAGAUUGAUGGGGGACUUUGGGCAGAGAUUGGUUCUGGUCCUUGCAGUCAUGCACUCUGUUGAACUCUUGACCCUGUUUUCCCUUCCCUCCCCCUCUUCCAAGGUGUGUAGUUAAACCAUUUUCACGAACUAAUGGGCAGUCUGAUAUACAUGCUUCCUAAUAUAAGACUCAGAUUUCCUAUUGCCAUUUCUUCGCAGGGAGAGUAUAUUUUACAUAUGACUUGGAUAUUUUUUCUUAAACCAGAUCUUUGCUGAGGAAAAGGUGACACUGAGUCAGAUCUAGGUUUAGAAGAAUAUGACUGAACUUUUUAUCCUUCACCUAUUCUUCCUUUUUCAUAGACUGAGCCCCAUGUGGGACAAGGACUAUCUGAUUACCUUGCCUAUAAGUGCUUAAUAAAUACCAUAACUAACAAGCUAAUUUGAAUGGCAUCACAAAAAAUGAUCAACCAAUGAAUCAAAUACUUUUCUUAAGAUACUGACUGCAAUAAAAAUAUUUUGGAUAAUUUA